AUGUACAAUACAUCAUCAAAAAUAAUCCUUUCCCCGCAUAGUUUUCCAUGUGGGUUCCGGUUAACCGACUUGAUUGACAAAGGCUAAAGCCUGGUUUUAAUUCCCAGGAAUCAAUCCGUUUUUAGAAUUGUAACACGCGACUGGAAACCAGCUGACAAAAAAUUUCAUGAUAAAGACCGAUAACAGCAACAGGAGGGCGCACAAACAGAUGGUCACUCGUUUUAAAAAAUCAUAUUAUUGGUUUCGCUGGAACUUCGCCUGUUAAUGUGCUCCAUCAUUUCCGGAAAAGCGGUCUUUUUGAAUGUAAUCAUCAUACCAUAUCUACGCUAAUAGCUACAACCAAAUGGAAGGCACCAGCCUUUCGCUGAAAAUAAUCGCUGAAAUAGGACAAGGUGCAUUUGGGACGGUUUCUGCUGCUGAAGACUUAAACAGCAAAAGCGGCCUGUUUGCAGUGAAAGUCAUCAAGCCGGACGCCGAGACGGCAGAAGAAUGGAAAGUAGUGGUAAACGACAGCAAAACGAAGUGGGAAAGUUUGGUGGCCUUGGAAAACUGCUAUAUUGUAAGAUAUGUACAGUGUCUCCUACCAACCACGGGAUCCAAUCGGAUUGCCUUUGCAAUGGAAUUCUGCGAAGGCGGAAAUUUACAAGACUAUCUAAAUCAUGAGGCUUUGCCAUUAAACAUAGCCACAGUGCGACGAUAUCUCCACCAACUCUUGCAAGGGCUCCGUUUUCUACAUAGUAACAAGAUUGUCCACACGGAUAUAAAAAGUCUCAACAUAUUUUUAAGAAGCUACAAUCCUCAGUGCGGUUUCGCGAGUGUCAAGAUUGGUGAUCUCGACAAUCCGGUACUGAAAGAGAAAACGGUGACAAGCGCUAGAGAUAUUGUUAAAGGAUGUGGCACUUACACCUACGCUUCCCCUGAACUGGCGCGGUUGCUGAUCGAAAUAACCGCUGCUAACAGCCGUCCGAUCGGGCAAAAAACCGACAUCUGGAGCUUGGGAUGUGUCGUUUUGGACAUGUUGGAGAGAGGUAAUCAUUUCCCUUUUGACAGCCGGGGAACGGACAGUUUUGGAAAAACUUUCCAGGUGGAUAUCAGGAUGCUGGUGCUGUCACAUCUGGCUAACGGUGGACAGCCGCUCUUACCUGCACAGCAUUGUGAUGAGCUUCUGAAAGACUUUCUGCAGCAUUGUUUCCGCGUGGACGCGCAGGAUAGACCAACAGCUUCUGAGCUUCUGCAACAUCCACUGAUCGCGAGUAGUGUCGAUGAUGGCCAUUCAGUCGACCAAUUAAAUCAGCGUCUUGUCGUGGAGCGAGUUAAACAUCGGUUCCGUGUUAUUAACCCAGUUUUCAACGCUAUCCCGGACGAGCUAACCAACCACACAACGGAAUUACCGGGAUGUCAUCUGAAGCGUAAGAACUGCGGAGACGCAUGCCUUUUUGUUCUACACUGUCAAUCAGUUGCGUCGGACGCAGAAAUAGCGUUUGGCUGCAGCAAAAUUCUUCAGGACGGGGCUCGCGGUUGGGUAGAAGUAGUGCUGGAAGGAAAUCGUCCUCUGCACGGGCGGCUAUUCGACUACAUACGACAUCUAGUGGUCAAGUUAACCAUAGCCAACCGCUACGAAUGGUGCAUGGAAGACCUUGUGGCGCUCGAUUUGCCUAAUCUAGUUUUUUUAACUCUGGAAGACUGCACUGGUCUGUACAUCGGAAAGACUGCUUCCGGCACUUGUUUCUUUCCCCAUCUUCGCUACUUGGAUGUGUAUCAUUCUACUGCAUCAGAAAUUGAAACGGAUGCUUUCUUCAUUUUGUCGCCGUCGCUGGAAUAUGUAACGCUGUUUGGUGGCUGGAAAGACGGAAUGACCUCCGCAUCCACAGAAUACAUGCGCAAAUUUACCGGUGCAGCCUACCAGUGGUUAUAUUCUUACUGCAGUAACAACCUUCCGGUUCUGGAGCGACCGCCGGUGUGGAAUCUUGGGAAACGCAAUCUGCCCUUGUGUUACGAAACUCCGAACCUCCAGGUCAGAGAUUGCUUGAACCCUGGUGGCAACGUUUUUGAACUGCGGAAGGUGUUAGAGCGGUUCCCUUUUUGUUCGAUACCUGUUUAUCGGUUGGAUAUCGUAUCCGAGGCGGAAAUUGCCAUAUUCGACACCGCAGUUUGUCUGAGCGCAGCCGAAAGCAAUUACGGUCGGCGUUCCGUUAUAAAGCUGAAUUUUGCGGACAAAGCGGACAGCGAUCAGAUACGGUUCACCUGUGAAUCAUUAAGAGCCAUGGGGAAGGACAGACCAGUUCAGCUCUCCCUGCCGUGGCACAGCACGUUCAGCCCUGACUCCAUAACGUCUGUUGCCGACUUGAUAGUCGGAUGCGAAAUACGUCGUUACCACCGCACAGACACCCUCCAUGUUGGUCACCUGGAAAUGCCUAAUUUGCUGGAGCUGCAGUUUUCCUACUGUGAACACCUGGUCAUCUGCGAAAAUGAUCUUUCUGGGUUUACCAAAAUGCGAUCCCUAAUUGCCAAGAAAAGCCCAGUAAAAAGCAUCCACCGAUUAGUGUUUCGUAGCCUGUUUGCACUGGAUUUGGUGGCGCUGGAUUGCGGACUGCGCGUGCCUUACACCGAAGAAGAAAAGGGUCAUUAUCGGCUGCUGCAUAACAGCGAGGAAUAUAGGUGGUUACGAGAAUGUUUUAAGAAAAAACCAUGGUUGGUCACCGGCAAAAGUCGCGGAGAAGUGUGGCGGAUUGGCAACACCGAGAGCGAUGCGCUGACGAUUGCUGACAUAUUUUCACCGGAAGUCAGUCCCGAUUUGUUCAGUUUUAAUUCCAGUGAUAGUGAUGAUGAAAUGGCGAAAAGUCGAACGCAUUCCUGCGACAGUAAUAUGCGGCUAACAACGAUUUAUACAGCUGACUGGUUGCAAGGGAAAUACGCUGGUUGUAUACUUGAAGACAGUCACAAAUACGGAUGGUUUGGGCCAGUAUAUCGUGUAACCUUUGCCAGCACAGUCUCUGCCGAAAACGCUGAGCAGUUCGCCAACCAAUUAACCAAUAUUGCUCGUGGUAAGCCUGUGCAAAUAACAUUCAUCCAGCCAUGCUUCAAUGUAAUGGAAGUCGUGAUGUCCGCCAUGUCAGCAUUGGUGGUGGCAGUUACGCUAAAAACCGCGCUACCGGAAGUGACCAGUCACCUGCAGAACUGGCGAUUACCGAAUCUGUGCUGGCUGGAAUUACUGGAGUGUUCCGGCGUCAUUCUCUCCAUUGCUUCCCUUUCUGGAUUUCCCAGACUGCGCGGCUUCGUCAUGACACAAUCCUCCGUUAUCUUCAUCGAGCGAAACGUGUUUGAACAUCUCACCGAGCUGAAAUUUAUUGGACUAGACAUCGGCAUUGAGACGCCGAUGACAGAGGAUCAGCUGGCCCACAUCGAAAUGCUCCAUCAAUCGGCAGAUUAUGCCUGGCUUCGCACGUUUCUGGAGCAGAACCCACUGCUGACUAUGAAUAAGCAACCGGGAGACGUGUUCUCGUAUGAGAAUAACGUUGGACGAUGGACAAAUAAACAGCUGUUACACGACAGCGCCUUCGUCUCCGAUCAGAAAGCCAAUAGUUUGAUUGUGCAACACAAUCCUCCCGCACCGGUCCCGUCCACGCAGCAAUUUCAAGUCACAUCCAUCGCAAGACUUUUUUAAAACUUAAGGCAGACUAAGUGUAAAAGAACCAAAACAUUGUAAACGAAGACACAACGUAAUUUAACGAUAAGUAAAGUGCUGCGUUUUGCAGGCAUAAAAAGUACGUACUAGUUACUAACAUAGCUCAUAUUAGGCGUAUAUACAACCGCCCACUUCACGUCUUCCCAAACUAAGUGUAAAAUAAAGUAGUGUCCUCACUGUCCUGAGACUGCCGAUAUUUUAUAUACAAACAUCUGCAAGGUUUUUCUGGAGUUGUUCGCUUGGUAGACCUCUUCGGUCGCUAGUACAG